UUGGACCUGGAAGGAAAGGUUCAAUGGCAAUAAUCUGGAGGAGCCUCAGCUAGGUGGAUAUCCGUGCGGCCAGCAAGGAUGGUGUUGUUGUGGAGAGGCAGGAAAACAAAACGACAAAGCAUCUAACGCUGAACGUGUAAAACCAAACAAAGGUGUUCAGCAACCCAAACAAAAAGACAAUGACCGCAUUAUCAUAAACAUUGCCAGAAAAGAGUUCAAAAAGCGCUCUUGGUAAUGACCUGUUUAUCACAAAUCGGUCUGGUUUUGGCAGAUUAAUAAUUUUAACAAAAACAAGCCAGCAAGUGGUAAAAAUCUUGGCUAUUUUUAGCGUUUUAUUUAGGUGUGUAACCGGGUGUAAUGCAUAAACCUAGCAAACAUCAAUCACUUGUGUGCGAGGCAUUUGGACAGUAAAUUCUUCAUUCGAUUAUUUUUCUUCGUCUAGAUUUUGUCUUGUAAUUUAGAUCUGUGCUUUUAAGUUGAAUAAUUACCGCAUGUCAUAAUGGGCGUGAUCAACCGCUUUCCACGAGGAUAGCAAUAGUAGUACCACAAGCAAGGUAUUGUUCAGUUCAGGUCAAAAAAAAUGACUGAACUUCUUAUAGAGUCUUUAUGUCAUUCCGACAUAAAAAAAUGGAAAAUAAAAUUAUUUUCUUUAAAAAACAUAAAGAAACAAUCUCUGAAAAAGAAUACAUCCUUAAAAAAGAGUAGGUAAAUUUAAUGUAUUUCUAUUAAAUGAGUUAGGAAGAAACGUCACGAGGUCUUGAAAUGUUAAUGAGGGGAUGGGUGAUUGUCAAAACAUUCCUUUGAUGUUUAUAAGUUUACAAAUCUGACCUCAAAGACAUCUAGGUAAGACUUUCAGCGACAAGGCAACUUAAAACUUCGCUCCGUCAAGUCAUUCGAGAGUAUGGCGUGUUCGUUGCUUUUCUAUUUAAAAGUUUUUAGUCUGUGCUUCGUUGGCGUGACAGUCGCCCUUGAACAAACAGAGAGCACUCUAAAGAGGAGUCGAAGAGAAGCACUUGACAUUAAUCAAAACGUACAGGCAGUUAACUCAGGAAAAGACAAGGAACCGGCGGACGGAACUAAGAUCAACGACAGCAGGAGGAAUCAACGACCAAAGAAUGUGAAGAAGUUCCAAAAUAAAAGAAGAUGCUUUCUGGGUUCUCCGUAUGACUGUCCAGUGGGAUUCGAAGACAGUCUUUUAGACUGGCCACGUCCCUGGGGAUGGGGACCAGGUCCAUUGUACCCGGAAUACGGGCCGGAUUUAUAUCGAGGUGGUUGGGGAGGACAUGGAGGUCCUUUUGGAUGUAAUCAGUUUGGAAGUGGAGGGCCAUGGAGAGUGCCCGGAUGUUCUCGUGGCUGUGGUAACCAUGGCUGGUGCUGUUGUGGUCAAGAAGGUGGAGGCGGAGGAGGUGGCGCCAGUGACUGUGCUCAGUUCAAUGAUGCUCCCCCAUCCCAACCGACACCAAACAAGGCCGGAAGCCCACCAUUACUCCAUCCUUUUAUGGGAAAACAAGCUAAUUCCAAAGGUCCAGGUGAAAUAAAACAAGGAAAGAACAUCAAUGUUCAACGUGGAAGAAAGCGCCAGGACAUCACGUACGGUGCUGCACCUGAUGUAGUGCAGGCACCCCCUGUUUACGACGACCCUUAUCAGUCAACAUAUGGUAACUGGCAAGUCCCCCAGCAAACAUCACCGGUUGACCAAGUCGUGGGAGGUCUAUUCUUUUGGAAUAUGAACGGAAAAAAUAUGCCAGCUAAGAAACAGAAACGAAAACAUUGAUGGUUUGUUGCACCCUGGAAAACGUUCUCUUUGUUAAUUGCCGAUACAUGUCCACAGACGCUUCAAAGUCGAAAUGUUCCAUAGAAGAUAGACUAUCGCGCGUAGUAGAAAGGUUAAGUUUAAUUUAUCGCUCUAAGAACAGACUCAAUCAAUUUGAUAUUUCGCGGUUGUAAGGCUCCACCGUUACAUCCAUAGUCAAGUUUCUUGCUUCAUAGUGUUCUGGGACUGUGGGAACCCUGUCGCGCCGAUGUAGAUGAAGAUUGCAUCGAAACCUGUACUUUUGCCUUACCACCCAUAUUUGUAUUUUAUCUUAUCGCCCGUAUCUUGUAAACGUUGCGGGUUGCUAUUGUAAAUGAUAUAAAAUUUGUAGAAUAAGUAAAAAUAGCUUACAGAAAAGUGCUAUAAAUGCAAGCUAGGAGGAAACAAUCAAUAAAAUAUCAAUCAGAUCAA